AUGGCCCCUUGCGGCCCCGUCGCCGCCACCUGCGGCCUAGUCGCCACCACCUGCGGCCCCGUCGCAACCACCUUCAGCCCCGUCGCUGCCACCUUUGGCCACGCCGCCGCCACCUGCGGCCCCGCCGCCACCUGCGGCCCCGUCGCCGCCACCGGCGGCCCCGUCGCCACCACCUGCGGCCCCGUCGCCGCCACCUGCGGCCACGCAGCUGCCACCUGCGGCCCCGCGUGCACCUGCGGCCCCGUCGCCGCCACCUGCGGCCCCGUCGCCGCCACCUACGGCCCCGUCGCCGUCACCUGCGGCCCCGGGUGUUCCCCCUCCCCCCUCUUGCCCUCUGUUGCUUCUGCUGCUGCGGCCGACCUCGUUGGUUUCGAGUCGGUAGGCGUUGCGUCUGCCCCUAGCGGGAGACGCCGCACCGGCAAGGGCAAGGGGGGCAAGGGCGCUGGAGGGGCUGGCGGGGGCGGUGGAGGUGGUGGUGGAGGCAGUGGAGGGGGUGGGGGUGGUGGUGGGAGUGGUGGCGGGGGUGGCGGCGGCGGCGGCAGUAGUGGAGGCGGAGGAGGCGGCGGUGGUGGCGGAGGGAGCGGAGGCGGCGGAGGUGGCAGAGGAGGCGGCGGAGGCGGUGGCGGCGGCGGUUGCGAUGGUGGAGCGGGUCGCGACUCUUCGCAGAGGAGUGGCUCAAGUGGUGGUCCGCGCCAGCAGCAGCGGAGUGGUGUGACCCUGUCCCCUCAGCAGCUUCGUGACUGGUACGCUGCGCGUCAGCACGGUGCGGGUACUGGUCCCUGCACUUACGUCCUCCGUACCGGCGACCGAGCUGGCAUUGAGGCCACUGCUCUAGGUGCUGGUGAGGCUACUGCUCUAGGUGCUGGUGAGGCUGCUGCUCUAGGUGCUAGUGCAUCUGCUGCCCCAGGUGCUAGUGCGUCUGCUGCCCCAGGUGCUGGUGAGUCUGCUCUCUCAGACCGCACCACUCUUACGCCGCUCAGUCGGCCGGUUGCAGUCUCCCUUGCAGACCCCUCAGGGGGUCCUGUGCUUGCUAGCUUCUCCAUUGUCUUACCGUCCCCCCCAACCCUCUCUGGCACCGUGUUAGGUCUCUACCUCCCCUCGUUCUCUACGAAUUUGGUGAGUGGAGCGGACCUACAGGAUAGGGGGGUUGACCAGUUCACUCCUGCGAGUCAGCGAGUGACCCACUGCACGUGUGCUCGGACAAGCCGACACUUGGCCACGUUCACCCGUCGGCCAGGGUCGAGCCGGUACACCCUUACUACUGAGUCUCCUGCGGCUGCUGAGUCUGCCGAGGUAGCUGCGUCAAGUCAGGUGUUUGCUGCAGCGUCCACGUCUAGUCCUAGGUCUGCUCCUUGCUCGUGUUGA